AUGCAGUUCUACCAAUCAAGCUAUUCCUACCAACAACAAGCACCAGCCUCGACAACGGGGCUAGGAUCAAUGGACACCGGUUUUGGCGAUGUCAGCGGCUCCAUGAGCGACGGCGAGCUAAAACCCGGGCUCCUCGCCGCAUUUGGAACGCUGGGAUACCCCGGUGAACCACCUCUACUCGAGGAGCUCGGGAUCAAUUUCCUGCACAUCAAGUCCAAGACGCUCGUGGUGUUGAACCCUUUGAAUAAAGACAUACCAAGUGACAUCAUGAGCGACUCGGACCUCGCGGGGCCCAUCUUGUUCGUCUUGCUCUUUGGCACCUUGUUGCUCCUCGCGGGCAAGAUCCAGUUUGGAUACAUUUACGGGGUGGGCUUGUUUGGCAUUGUGAGCUUGCAUUAUUUGUUCAAGUUCAUGAGCAACACCACCACGAUUGACUUGGUGCGUUCCGCGUCGGUUAUCGGAUACUGUCUAUUGCCGCUCGUGUUGAUCAGUGUGUUGGGGGUCGUGAUUAGCUUGGACAAUUUGUUGGGGUACUGUCUCAGUGCAUUCGCCGUGUUGUGGUGCACUUAUUCUGCUAGUGGGUUUUUUGUUUCGGUGUUGAAGUUGCAUAACGUUAGACCCUUGAUUGCUUAUCCGUUGUGCAUGUUCUAUAGCGUGUUUGCGUUGAUGGCGAUAUUUGUGGAAAAGACAGAGAUUGGAGGUAAAUAG